AGCACACCGCAGCUAUCUGCUAUUGCAACACUGCCUCACCCCCACCGCUUCCUUCCCCAUCCUCCUCUCAUAACCGCUGUACGGCGGCAUCUCUGUCUCUCCACCAAACCACUCUGCGAAUCUCUCUGCUUUCUGCUUCCUUCGUCCUUAAUGGCAGUUCAAUGACCCAGAAAACACUCUUCAAAGUCAGAUUUCUAACAUUGAUCUGUCACCCCUCAAAUCUGCGACCCCAUCCAUCCAUACCACUCGGCCCCCUCAAUGCCUUCUACUCCCCCGAGCUUCGCUCUCUCCAUCAGGGACGACCACAUGGAUGGCAAAGAUGGCGUGAAGGAGAGCAAGUGUGCUUUCCUUGUGGUAGCUCUCUGCCCUUGUCUCGUAUGUUUUAUUCUUCUUUUAAUUGCACUGUCUAUCGUUCUCGUCGUCAAAUUCCAUUUCUUUUGCCACUCUCCUAUACAUUCCUUACUCUUCAAAAAGAAUUGUUGAUUCCCCUUUUGGGAAAAGUUUCUGGUUCAUCGGCAAUUGAUAGUUCUAGGACAUUUGCACGUGUUGGGGGUGAUGAAGAUGAGGAAUCCGAGGUUGAAUCUGGAAAUGAGGAUGAUGAUAGUGAUCGGGAUUGUGAUGGUGGUAGGGAUCUUAAUGCUAAAUCCGGUGCUGACCCGGAUGAAGUUGAUAGGGUCUGCAAGGUGAUCGAUGAAUUGUUUGCGUUGGAUCGGAAUAUGGAGGCAGUUCUUGAUGGAUGUGGGAUACAACUGUCAGAUGAUUUGGUUGUCGAUGUUCUGGGGCGGUUUAAACAUGCUCGGAAGCCAGCAUUUCGGUUCUUUUGUUGGGCAGGUCAGAGGCCGGGUUUUGCCCAUAACUCCAGGACAUAUAACUCAAUGCUGAAUAUUCUUGGGAAGACUAGACAGUUUGAAACCAUGAUGGCAAUGGUAGAGGAAAUGGGUGAGAAAGGCCUUUUGACAAUGGAAACUUUCACCAUUGCUAUCAAAGCCUUUGCUGCUGCGAAGGAGAGGAAAAAAGCUGUCGGGAUCUUUGAUCUGAUGAAGAAGUACAAAUUUAAGGUUGGUGUUGAUUCUAUUAAUUUCUUGCUUGAUACACUUGGAAGGGCAAAACUUGGUAAAGAAGCACAGGCCAUAUUUGAAAAACUGAAAGACAGAUUCACGCACAAUUUACAGACUUACACGGUGCUUCUUAAUGGUUGGUGCAGGGUUAAAAACUUGAUGGAGGCAGGGAGGGUGUGGAAUGAGAUGAUUGAUAAGGGAUUUAAGCCAGAUGUUGUUGCACAUAAUGUUAUGCUUGAGGGUUUGUUAAGGUGUAAGAGGAAGUCUGAUGCAAUCAAAUUAUUUAAAGUCAUGAAAGCUAAAGGUCCACUGCCCAAUGUUCGGAGUUACACAAUUGUAAUACGGGAUUUGUGCAAACAAAAAAUGAUGGGAGAAGCAACUGAGUAUUUUCAUGAAAUGAUCGAUUCUGGGUGUCAACCAGAUGCUGCUGUCUACACGUGUUUGAUCACUGGGUUUGGAAACCAGAAGAAAAUGGGUGAGGUAUACAAUCUACUAAAGGAAAUGAGGGAGAAGGGCUGUCCCCCAGAUGGGAGGACCUAUAAUGCAUUAAUAAAGUUGAUGACAAGUCGACAUAUGCCCGAUGAUGCUAUGAGGAUAUACAAGAAGAUGAUUCAAAGUGGCGUUGAACCAACUAUUCACACUUACAACAUGAUAAUGAAGUCCUUUUUCAUGACAAAAAAUUAUGAAAUGGGUCAUGCAAUUUGGGAUGAGAUGUUUCAGAAUGGGUUCUGUCCUGAUGAAAAUUCCUACACUGUGUUAAUUGGAGGGCUUAUAAGACAAGGAAGGUCAGAAGGGGCAUGCAAAUUCUUAGAGGAAAUGAUCGAGAAGGGAAUGAAGGCACCACAGCUUGAUUACAACAAGUUUGCUGCUGAUUUUUCUAGAGCAGGGAAGCCUGACAUACUUGAGGAGUUAGCUCAAAGGAUGAAAUUUGCUGGUAAAUUUGAAGUUUCUAAUGUCUUUGCCAGGUGGGCGGAGAUGAUGAAGAAAAGGGUCAAGAGAAGAGAGCCUACAAAAUAUAGUAGGCAGUUUUCAUGAAGAUCUUGGUGCCGGCCAGAGCCUCUUUGGUCAAAUGUUCGAUGGUGCUUCUGGAUAAUAAGGUGGUCAGUCUGGGAAUCUUUUCUCACUCGGGCACUCUGUUGUCUUGAAGGAUUGCUAGUGAAGUAGUUCGACUUAGUUUCCAAAAGACAGCGAGUUACGUUGUUAGGUCUUCAUUGUAAUCAAUGUUGAAAGCCGAGUUAAUUCUUGGGAUUUUGUGUGCGUCAUUUGUCUAAUUCAUAUUUUGUAUAAUGCUGUUUGGUAAACUGACUGACCAGGGUUGUAUGAUUACGGUAUGAGUUGGAUAAGAGCAUUGUUGAUGGUUGUAAUUUUUUCUGGAUCCUUAUUUAUGUUCACUAAGCAGGAUGCAAA